AUGACACCUAAGGGAAAGGCCAAGACCCUGCCAGACGUCUCGUCGCUGGAAGCUCCUUCGGCUUCUGUGGAUGCGCCUGUCGCGGCUCCCGCUCCCGCUUCUUCUGUUCCUGCUGACAAAGGCAAGGACAAGGUUCCGGAGGAGUCAGUUAAUGUGACAAUCCCUGAUGCUCCUGCAAGUGGCUCUGGACUUUCCUUGGAGGAGAAGUUGAGCUCUCUUCGUACGGCGCCUCCUGACAGUGGCUUCAUUGAAGAUGAUUCUGACGAGGAGCUUGAAGUCGACGUCAGGACGGAGGCGUUCAACCGUGUUCGUCAUACGACGAUCCUGCUUAUCCCCGUGGCUCUUGCUCUGGAGCUCUCCGACGCUUUCCGCACGUUAUAUCCUAGAAAACGGGAGUUCACCUUCUUUUCUCAAGCGAUGCAGGCCAGCACGCGCAUCGACCGGGCUCUUAUCUCCCACUCUCUCUUACCUCACCUGAUUCAAGCUUCUCAUGUGAUGCCGGUGGAGUACAUCUCUGAUCACAGCUUUGCGAUACGGGUGGCUCUUCGGAUCGAUGCCAAGAUCUGUCUUGGUCCCGGUCUCUGGAGGCUCCACGCGUCUAUGGUCCACAAGCCUGGAGUUCGGCGGAUUGUGGAAGCGACGAUGGAGAAGUGUGUUGUCACUGAUGGUAGCAGCUUCGAACUGCUUCUUUCGCGGCUGGCGGCUGGGCUUCGGGCGUUCGCCAGAGAAGAUGGCAAGCAGGUGAAAGCGACGGUGACUCAUCUGGCGGAUGAGGUGGCGGAACUCCGUCAGGCCAUUAUGCGGGAUCCGUCCUGCAAACCAACAAGCGAGCGGUUAGCUGUGAAGGAGGCGCAACUGCGUGAGUAUCAAGCGUCGAGAAAGGACAAGCUGUUCCUGAUGUCUGGGAUGCGGAUGGAGCUUCGGGGGGAGGUGGCGUCAAAGCAUUUGACGGCGCUGGUGCAGGCUAAGAAAGCAAGUACUCAGAUUGCAGAGCUGCAGACGGCGUCAGGGGUUGUCUCUGACUCCCAAGGCAUUCUUCGUGCAGCAUCGGAGUUCUUCGCAGACAUCUUCGGGCGGGACCGGGGUCAACUGGAAGAUGACUGGCGCCCUGCGUCGGAUAAAAAGCUGAGAAGCUGGGAAGCAGAGGAACUGGCGGCGGAUUGGACGGAAGAAGAAGUUAAGAAAGCCUUCGGUGCGAUGGCGGCGAACAAGUCGCCGGGGAAGGAUGGCCUGCCAAAGGAACUGUUUGAAGCACACUGGGAUUUGUUGGGCAAAGGUUUCAUGGCAUUAGCAAAGGAUUUCGCAUCAACAGCAGUCCUCUCGACGGAGGUGAAGGAAGCAGUAACGAUACUUCUGCACAAAAAGGGGGACAAAGAUCAGCUCAACAAUUACCGCCCCAUCACUCUCCUCAACUUCACUUACAAGGUGCUGGCGAGAGUUGUGGCUGACAGGAUGAAGAAGUUCCUGAGUCGGGUGAUCUCACCGGAGCAGUAUGGCUUUCUCCCGGGGAGGCGGCUGACGGAUGCAGUGGGGCUUGUGGCUGAUAUCAUUGACACGGCGCGAAAUGACAAUGAGGAUUGGUUUCUCCUCUUGGUUGACUUCAAGAAGGCGUUUGAUUCUGUCUCCCAUGGCUAUCUCUUCCGAACGCUUCGGGUGAUGGAAUUUCCUGAACGGUUGGUGCGGUGGGUGGAAGGCCUGCAUGCGGGAACGCAGACACGUCUGUUAGUCAAUGGCUGGAUGGGAGACGGUGUGGAGGUGAUUUCGGGGGUCCGGCAGGGCUGUCCCCUGGCUCCGUACCUCUUUCUGUGUGCGGUUGAGCCUUUGGCGCAGCUGGUCCUGAAGCGAAAAUUGGGCAUCUGCAAGAAGAGCGAGCGGUUGGCGUAUAUCGGCUACGCGGAUGAUACCACCUUGGUCCUGGAGGGGAAGCAGCAGAUCAUCAGGGCAGAGCAAGUGUUAGCGAAGUUUGAACUGACCUCGGGACUAGCGACCAACAGGGACAAGUCGGUUAUCUUACCGUUGGGAAAUAAUCUCGGCAGAACGACUGGUCGGGCGAACAGGUUCCGUUGGGCGAAGGCGGAUGAAGCGGAGAAGCUGCUGGGGGUUUGGGUCACUCCAUCGGGAAGCUGCCUGCCAACGUGGGAACAAACUGCAGGGGCAAUGACAGGGAAGAUUAACAAGUGGCAACAGAAAUUCCUUCCAACAGUGGCAAGGACGGCGGUGGUUAACUGUUAUACGAUGCCCAAAGCAGCGUUUCAAGCACAAGUCUACCCGCCUCCAGCGAAGCUGUGGGGCACUGUCUCAAAGACUUUCUACAACUUCGUCUCUGGAAAUAAGGCAACGUCAGACACGGUGUUUCGGCUCUGGAGCAAAGAUCUGCUUCACACUCCAAGGAAGCUGGGGGGUGUGGGCCUGCAUGACCCGGAGAUGAUCUUGGCGUGUCUCACGGCUCGCCGCGUGGGUUUACUGGCGCUGGAGACGAACGUGCUGAAAAAGCAUCUCAUGACGUGGGCGGCGGAUUUGCCCAUGGGGAUCGAAUCCUUCUUUGCUCAUGAGAAGCUGCUUCGACACUGGGAGGGGAAGAGUCCCCGCUGGAAGGUGGCGGUCGAGAACUUUAUGAAAACGCCGCUAGAAGGAUGCGGAGCUGCUGUGGGAGCUAAGGUUGGGUGA